UGCAAAAGCACCGCUAGUGACGUGGAAAAACACAUAGAGACAUCUACUCUUGUGGAAUAUACUGCAUGCGCUGUAGAAUUUAACAUGGAAUCUGUACUUCCCUCUGCCACACAGUUAUGUGCAGGAUGCCCCGUAAAGUCUUUAAAACAAGCAAGAAUCGACACUAAGGUUUCUGUAGAUAUACAAAAAAGGAUUGCGGAAGGUCUAAACUCUUUACUAGAGAAGGAAUUGAAACCAGACCUGAUUGCAGGUUCAGGAAAAGAUUUUUUAAAGAUUGUAGUGUUGUUGUGGGACACUCUUAACUCGACUGAUAAAAUGAAAUACGAGGACAGUCUCGUUAGUUCUUGUAACCGUCAGUCGGGGCCCAGUUCAUCACAGCCUUCUGCUAUAUCCUUACACACACUUAUUGGAUACAUCAUUGCUGCUGAAAGAUUUAAUCUGGAGAAUCUCUUGACGGCAGCAAUUGACCUUGCAUCUAAAUGUCGCUUUAUGAAGUUAAGAAAUGAAAAAAGAUACCGGAGAAUUACAUAAUCGUCUAAAACAAAAAUACUUAUAAAAAGAAUGGAACUCUUUGAGGGUCAUUUUGAUAGUUGGGAAAGUAUGACACUGUCAAAAUUUAACAAGGACUAUAACAAAAUACAAUAUUGAAAAUUUCUUUCAGAAAUUUGCCUGAU